UGCCAGUCCACCCGACGAGACAACUACAAUGUUUUGUUGACAUAAUAAGUGGCGAAGUCGAAAUAAAUGUUUACGAAAUGUUAAUGUUAAAAAUUGUUCAAAUCUUGUUCAGUCGAUAAAGAUUAAAGUACUUAAAUCAUUUGAUACUUUUAAAGAUCUCUUCAACUAAUUCAGGCUGUAGACAUAAAGGAUUCGAAAAUGCCAAGUGUGAAUACGAAGGAACUCCAUCUUGCCACAAGCAUCGGGGAAUUGAAUAAAAUUGCACAGAUUGAGGACAGAAUUUCUAAAAAUGAAAAUCCAAAACCAUGGAUAAACUCGGCUGACAAGGUUUAUAAAAAGGCUAUGGAACAUGAGAAAAUGGGUGAUGAAGAGAACUCUUUUGUAUUGUACAUGAGAUUCUUUAACAUCAUACAAGAAGUUCGUAAGACAAAAAAAUAUCAACAAGAUAAGGGUUUCUACAAUAGUAUAAUUGGUAGGGCAACAUUUGAAAUAGCUCUUGAGAAAGCAGAAAAAUUGUCCAAUAGCCUUGAAAAAAGGUACAUGGAACUUGAGAAAGCAAAUAAAAAUGUUGUAAUGGAAAAGGAUAAAAAAAAUUUUGAAGAAGCAAAAGAUAAAGAAAGUUUUUAUUUUAGUGAUGUACUUAAAGAUAUUGAUGACUUAUUAUAUGGAAAAAAUGUUUCAUCUCAUACAUCUGCAGAUGUUGACAAGAAAUCUAAUGUGAACCAUUCAUUAAAUUUGCCUCCUAAUGGAAAUACAUCAUAUGAUAAUGGGCACAUUACAACAAUUGGUCCUAUCGCAUUGAAGAAACUUUUAAACAGUAACCAAAAUAAUAUUCUUAUUUUGGAUACAAGAACUCAGAUGGAGUUUCAAUCAUCUCGAAUUAAUUUUCCUUGUUGUAUAAACAUCCCAGAAGACUUGCUAAAAUUAAGUGUCAAUGUGGGUAGCAUUGAACGUAAACUACCAAAGUCAACAUGGAACCAAUGGAUAGAACGGGGUAAAAAGGAGCACAUAGUGAUCCUUGACCAAAAAUCAAGUUAUGCCGUUUUAAAACCUGAGAGUAAAGUCCAAUGUCUAAAGAAUGCUCUUUACCAUUCUGAUACUUCAUGUAAACUUCAAUCAGAACCAGUUAUACUUGAUGGAGGGUUUGAGGCAUGGUUAUGGCAUUAUCCAUCAUUAGUGACCAAUCCUACCUUACCCCAGGUAGUCUCAGCAGAAAAAGAAUAUAAUUUUAACUUAGAUGAAAUAAGUUAUCCUGAACUGCCGAAGAUUCCUUCAACCACCUUGCCUCAACUUCACAUGAAUGGAGAAAGCAAGACAACUGCAACUUCCUCAAAAUAUAACAAAAACACGUCUAACUCCUACACGUAUAUCUACUCCGACUUAAGUAACAGAACAGGUCAAACCCCUACGUCAAGGACAACUGUGCUUUCCACUCCUCUUGAAAUCCGUGAUGUUCCAUCUGAUAUAGCAAAAACAUCCCCUCAUGUAUUGACCAAUGACAAAAGCAAUCAAAAUCAAGCAUUAUCAAACCACACAAGUCAACCAUCUCUUCUAACGAAUUCUACAUUACAUCAACCAAAAACUAACGUUAGUGUUCCACAAACUGAGCGGGAAGUUGCUUCAUCUAAUUCCUCCUCACGCUCUACUGGACCCUCAUUCAACAAUCCUCAAAACGAUAGAAGCACUUCAGUGCAAUUUAUUUCAAGUUCAUCUCAACAUCCUUCCAUUCAAUCUUCUCCUUCAUCUUCAGAAAAAGUUCGUGAUAUCUCUCAGUUUCAUGUCAAUACUCCCUCUUUACCUACUCCACAUGUAGUUUCACAACUUACUUCGAAGACUGUACCUCAAACUUCACCACAAUCUCAUUCCCAGGCUCCAACUCACAACUUAACACCUGUUUCAUCUAUCUCUGUACCAGAUACCAUUGCCCAAACUUCAAGUAUUAAACCAAGGAGCGAAAACGUGAAUAUCAGCAAGCAAACAAACCAACCAAUAGCCAAUCAAGUUUCAGAACAAAUUAACAAAACACAUUCCUCUGAAGCAGUUGUAAUUUCAAAACCUUUCAUUCCAUCUACGAUUCAACCAACAAACCCAAACUUGUCUCAUGGUCAACACCAUAAAGUCCCUGCUAAUCCCAAAGAAAUUUCCAAAACACAUCCAACUUCACAGUUAAACACCUCUCACUCAACACACGAACCUAAUAGAACGCAUGAAAUGUCCAAAAUACAACCAGGCUCUCAUCCAAAUACCUCAGCCACUUCACCUCGCGGACAAACACGAUCCACGGCAAUUCCUUCAAACACCAGUCAUAUCCCAGCAAAUCAGUCAAUGCCUCAAACAUUCACAGGAAGUAGGACUGGAAUGACACAUGGUUUACCCCCCGGAUGGGAACGUGUUUUAGAUAGACAGACGGGACGAUAUUACUUUAGAGAUCACAACUCCAAGACAACUCACUGGAACCCUCCUGAAAGUCUAACUCACAAAAUGAACCAAAGCAUCAUGGGACAUAACAUGCAGACUGAAAACAAAGAUGAACCCAAGAAAUCAUCCCUUAAAAGAUCGCUGUCUUCACCAAAUCUUGCUAAGGUUGACGAAAACGAGACGAAAGGAGUUUCAGGAAAUGAGACAGAAAGGCAACAACCAAUUGUGAACCGUCGCACCAAGCCACUAAGCGAGAUUCAGCUGACAAAUCUCUCCCCAAGCUACGGGGGUAAAGGUCGAGCGUUGACAGGACUGAGAAAUCUCGGCAACUCAUGCUAUAUGAACUCUGUGCUACAAUGUAUUUUUGCCACAGCUCCACUGGCUAAGUAUAUCCUUAGAUCCUUCUAUGUAGAUGAUAUCAAUAAAACCAAUCCACUUGGGACUGGGGGUCGCAUUGCAGAAGAACUUGCAGUACUCACAAGAGUAACUCAUUCGGGAAACUAUCGGUAUGUUUCGCCGUACGAAUUUAAAAGAACAAUAGGAAAGUUUGCGGGCGAGUUUUCUGGUACGAAGCAACAAGAUUCACAAGAAUUUCUUUUGGUUUUACUGGAUCAAUUUCAUGAAGACACGAACAGGGUUUUGAAGAAAGCUUACAUUGAAGAGAAAAGUAAUGAUGGAUUACCUGAUUCGAUGGCAGCAAGGUUGGCUUGGGAAAAUCACAAGAAACGAAACCAAUCACUCAUCGUUGAAUUAUUUCAGGGUCAGUUUAAAUCAACACUCACCUGUUCCGUUUGCAACACGCAAAGUGUGACAUUUGAUGCUUUUAUGUCAUUAACUUUACCAAUACCAACGAACAAUUCCUGUCAAAUUGAAGACUGCAUUCGCCUUUUCACGACGCGAGAAAAAGUCAGCAAAGACAACAAAUGGUUUUGUCCAAGAUGUAAACAACAUCGAGAGGCCUGGAAGACGAUGGGAAUUUGGAAAUUACCACCUGUACUAAUUGUGCACUUUAACAGAUUCAAGCGAGAUUAUGAUGGCUCUUGGCUUGAAAAGCGUCAAACAAAUGUUCAUUUUCCCAUUUCCUGCAUGGAUCUGUCUAAAUUUGUUCUGGGACCAAGUAAAUCUUCCCAAUAUCAACUGUAUGGUGUCUCAAACCAUUAUGGAUCAAUGCAAAGUGGUCACUACACAGCAUACUGUAGGAACAUGUAUGAUCACAAGUGGUAUAAAUAUGACGAUAGCGAUGUGACGUCAAUAACAGAAUCUAGUGUGAAGUCCUCCGCUGCUUACAUCUUGUUUUACUCUUCGAUGAACCUCCCAAUGAAAAUGACAAAGGACUAAAUAAAACAUUGUUUAUCGCGUCAAGAGGUUUUGUUAAUUAAAGCUUAAUUUCAUUUAUAUCAAUUAACCAAUAAGUAAUUAGAUAAACACAAGAAAAUGUAUGAAUAUAAUAUUCACAGUUAUCAAGUAUGUAAUGCUAAUCGUAUUUCUUUAUAACGUUAUGGUAUUCUUAAUGUCAGAGACUGUCCGUAUAUUCGUCAAUAAUGUUACAGACAUUGUCUGAUUUAUCUACAGGUGAAUACAUAAUGAAUUUAUGUUUAUGCUGUAAACUAUUAUCACUUUUCAUUUACUUGUAAAUAUAUCAUGUACAAGAAUCGGUUAAAAUAAGAAUGUUUGUAGCGUGUUAUUAUAAUUUAAUGACACAAUACAACAACAGAGUUGGUUGAAAA